AGCAUUUAACGCGUAGUGCGCUGAACUUAAAGGCUGCAUCUGAAGCGGAGAUCUCUAAGUUGAAUAGUUACUUAAUUAAUUUUCACUUGUUGUGGGCAGCCAGCACCAAAGCGCAGCAGGAAGGAUUUGCCGUAAGAUUAAUUUAAAAUCAAAGAAAGAAAAAAGUUGGUCGACGGGGAGUUUAUCUCCCUGAAACCGAUGAUCCCCCAAUCCGGCGGGUGUUAAGAUCCAUGGAAGUGGCCGGUUUUUACGAGGGGGAUUGUCUUGCUCUCCACAGUAGCAAGAGCAGUAACAGUCACGUUAGUAGCGGCGCCUGGAAGCAGCCGAUCAACGGCUCCAUGACGGAGCUGGGCAUCGCGGAGCACGAAAAAGCCAUAGACUUCAGCAUCUACCUGGAUCCCACCCUGCACUAUCAGCAGCAGGCAUCACACAGCGACGCCUUGCACCACCAGCGUGGGGAGGAUAUUCUAGCCGAUUUCCUCGCAGAAGAGAACAAAGCCAAACGGGUGGCAUCCCUGCAGGUUUGCAGAAACUACGAGCAGGAAAGCUGCCCCAACCCGAGAGAGCAGAGCAUCCUGGGCUACCCCGAACUGCUGGAGACCCGAGUGGACACUGUGUUCAGUCCGCACCUUCUGGGUUAUAUAAAGGCCGGUUUCAGACCGGAUAAAGAAGACGCCAGGAUGGACAACGGGUCCCCAGGCUACGAGGUGAGACAGUAUCUGCAGUACCAGUCCAACCCAAGCGGCAGCCUGGGCAACAUAUCUACCGCCUCCUCCACCUGCUCCAGUCCGCCGGGGACACCUACCCCGCAGGAGAUGGGGAGAAACCCGCAGCAGAACGGCAAAAUGCCUUCGGCCACCAAGGGGAAGAAGCGGCUGGAUAAGGACAGCGACGAGUACCGGCAAAGACGGGAGAGGAAUAACCUGGCGGUGAGGAAGAGCAGGGACAAAGCCAAGCUGCGCAACAUCGAGACGCAGAACAAGGUGCUGGAGCUGACGGCGGAGAACCACCGUUUGCAGAAACGUGUGGAGCAGCUGUCCGGAGAGCUGGCCACUCUGCGCAACCUGCUCUCCGCCACCGGACAGUGCUAGCGGCGUCCCGCGCCCCCGGAUCCACUUAGGCAAGGGGGCACUGAGAACCUGCAGAUCAGGCUGGAACUGUGAACUGGUUCAAAGUCAAUGGCUCAACUCUGGGAUAUAUACUGUAAAAAGUUGGUUAAAGGUGGGGAAAAAACAACGCGUUUACUGUUUACAACUGAAAAGAAGUUGCGAGAAAAAAAACAGUGUGUGCAUUUAAUGAUGACGUGCCACUGUGAUUUUUAUUUAUGUCUGUAUUUUUUAUUUUUGUACGCGGUUCGCCUUCGGACUCAAUGUCAAGUAUUAUGUUAUUUAAAUACCACUGUCGCCCUCCUGCAUUAAAAUGGUUGUCAUGGGAAGAAUUGGACUGCAUGAGUAUGAUGCAACUCUCUGUAACUACUUCAAUGCAUUGCCAAUACUAUGAAGUAAUCUGUUAAAGAUGUAAAGCGUACGAUUUUUAAAAAUGUUAUAAAAUAUUUUACCGGAAUAAAACAUAUUUUUACUUUGA